CAGAUCGCUGUCCAAGGCUGCUGCCAUGGCGCACUCGAUGCGAUCUACUCUCACAUCCGCAAUCUCGAAACGCGUCGCAACUACAAAGUCGACCUUCUCCUCAUAUGCGGGGACUUUCAAGCCGUACGGAAUCACUCCGAUCUGUUGUGUAUGGCAGUUCCGCAGAAGUAUAGACAGCUGGGGGACUUUUGGAGAUAUUACACUGGCGAGAAGACGGCUCCCGUUUUGACUAUUGUCAUUGGGGGUAAUCAUGAAGCUUCGAAUUACUUGUGGGAAUUAUACCAUGGCGGAUGGCUCGCUCCCAACAUUUACUUCUUGGGUCAUGCUGGCUGUGUCCAGGUAAAUGGCCUUCGGAUCGCGGGUGCCUCAGGGAUAUACAAAAGUCAUGAUUUUAGACUAGGGCAUCACGAACGCAUGCCUUACGAUCACGGCUCUAUGAGAAGCGUAUAUCACAUCAGAGAGUACAACGUCCGUCGAUUAUCUCUGUUGUCGUCGCCCCACAUUUUCCUGUCUCAUGACUGGCCCUGCGCGAUCGAACAGCACGGCGAUUUAUCUGGUCUUCUUCGUCGCAAACCGUUCUUCAAAAGUGACAUUGAAAGUGGGAGAUUGGGCUCGCCGCCACUUAUGGGCUUACUGAAGACGCUGAAGCCGGAGUGGUGGUUUGCCGCACACCUACAUGUCAAAUUCGAGGGAGUCUUUCAACAUGGGAGCACAACUGGGCCGGGAGAAGCUGCAAAGAAGGAGGCCAAUCCAGAUGAGAUCGAAAUAGACGAUGAUGACGAUGAUGAGCCCGCAACAAUGGUCGCACAAAAUGCGGUUCCAAAUCCAAGCGAGUUGGCAGUGGAUAAUGGAGCAGACUUCUUACAACGGUCAGAAACACGAUUCCUCGCAUUAGAUAAGUGCCUUCCACGAAGAGACUUCUUGGAGGUAAUAGAUGUCCCCGCACCGCUCGAUCUGCCUUUUCUUCCUUCUGAGUCCCUUUCGAGCACAUCCUCCGCAUCUUCGCAUGCCGAAAAACCUCCACCCAAGCUAACGUAUGACUCAGAAUGGCUUGCCAUAACUCGCGCUUUCGAUGAGUAUUUCUCGAGGUCGCAAAACCAGGCGCAGUUUCCCGACGAGGAGACUGCAAGGUCAAGGGUAUCGCAGGAGUUGGAGUGGGUCCUGACGAAUCUAGUGCAGAACAAGGCGGAGACCAGUGAGGGUGGUGAUAGCACGUCAAACGGAGAUGGUACGGGAGAAACAACACGGGAAUUAGUGAUAAGUGAACAUCAAAUAUUCGUAUGCACAGCCCCUGGGCCUGGCUCGGAAGGUGGACAAGGGAGGGGCAGCAGGCAGCCAACACCUUAUACCAAUCCACAAACCGUUGCAUUCUGCGGGAUGCUUGGGAUCGAGGACCGAAUUAGCCCCGCGCACCCAACAUAA